AUGUCAGAAUAUGGCUACAGCGUGCAACGGUGUCGCUCCUACAGUCUGAGCCGAACCUUCAGUAGACCAUCGUCGCCCGGCAGAGUAAGUUGGCGGUAGUAUUGUAAUGUAAAAACAGUUAUGUAGGACCGUGUCCAGUCCGAGUUUGGUGCCCAGCUUCACGCCACAGUACGAGUCGUACUUGAGUAGACAAGACCCAGUACGACGAUACCAAAGAGACCGGUCAUUGGUAUGUUACUUUGCAAGUUAUGUCAUAUACUUGUACCUUGAAGCUUUUACUAGUAAUAUCAACAUACUUAACGUUUGCAAUGUUUAUAUAGCUUUACCAUUGUAAAAUGAUACAUGCAGACGUUUCAUGUUACAGGAUUACACAAGAGCCUACAACCGCUACAAGUACUGUACGCCGUACCAAGGCGGGUACUAUCCUCGGUACUAUCUGAACACCGAUUACAUCGGUACACAUUCCUACUACUGGGGUAACCUGAACGCAUAUUACCCACAAUACAGAAGUCAUGUCAACGACUACGGCUCCAACAAAUACAUCGCCGGCUUCUACUCGAACUACCACCAGCCACUGUACGACCGGUCGUACUACUCCACCUACAGUAAGCCGUACUAUCACUCGUCGUACAAAAGCUAUUUCAGCACGUUAUAUGGUUAUUGA